AUGGCGACUGCAAGACUAGAAUACGUUCAGAGUGAUUCUUCUUCGUGUGGUGUCAAGCCUUUUAUUGGUUAGACUUAUUUGUGAGCAACCUUUAGAAAAAAUUUUGUCAAGAGAUAGUCGGCUAAUUGUGCUUUCUUUUUGCUUUUGUAUAAAACGUGCUGAGUUUGUGCCACUUGUCCCAUAGACAAUAGAUAGAUAGAUAGAUUUCGGUUGACCAUUCCAAUUCUUUUAUGCAGUACAUUUCACAAAUGCAAACUUGAGAUCUGGCAAGAAAGAUAACAAAAAAAUCAAAUUUGCCUGUUAUCGAUGGGCCGACCAUACUGAUGAAAAGAAGAAGAAGAGAAGAACUCUGGUGAGUGGAACCAAGUGAAAUGUGUGUGUGGUAUUGUUUUCCUUUUUGAUGCUUUUAUACUAUUUGUGUAAGGUCUUGGAAAUUUUUCUUUUCUUUCAGUUGUCAUUUCUGAUCUCCUUUUGCUAAAAAUUGUUCCCAGACAAUUUUAAAUUCGACAAAGGGGCAUGCUGCUAAAGAAAGCUCUUGCAAUGAUCAGCAUCAUCAAUCUCAUCAUCAUCAUCAUCAUCAUCAUCAUCAUCAUCAUCAUCAUCAUCAUUGUCGACGUCAUCUUCAUCUUUGUUUUUGUCAUUGAUCUCGUCAUUGUCUUAGUCAUUAUUAUUAUCAUCAUCAUCAUCAUUCCUCUGCAACUGCUCAUCAUCACUGCCUUCAGCUGAACCAUCAUCAUCAUCCUGUUCUGUUCAAGAGAGGAAAAAACUUCUCUGAAACCCCCAUGGAAAUUUCAGUUUUAUAGCUAAGUUGUUUCAACUAAAAAAAAAACUAAAAAGGCCCCAUUUGUCCAGAAACUCAGCUCACUAUUAGCAUUGUUUUUUAGAUUGCUGAGACGGACAAAAUGGAGUAUGCUGGUCAAAACUUUGGAGAAUCUGCUAGAUCUAACACAUUGUGCAAGUGAGUACUAUUACAAAUGAAUGUUGUUAUUUUUAUAGAUUUCUUAUUUUCUUUCUUUAUUUUUAUCCUGUUAAAAAAGAUAAGUGUUCAGUGACAGUGAUCCUUCUUAGGAGAAAUGUCACCCAGGCUUUUACUUUUUUUCUGAGAUAAAAAAUAUCUACCUGUAUAUGUUAUGUUUGUUUUAUAAACAGAGGGUUUGUUUGAUUUGUAGAUAUGUCCUUGGGGUUUACAAUUCAAGAACAGAGGUGAUGAAGAUGUAUGACACUGAGAUGAUUACACUACAGCCUAAAGUUCUAGGUAAACUAUCAGAGGGUUCGAUUUGUAGGUUUGGGGGAUGUGACUACAGUCAUCUCUCUCUAAGAGAGACAUCUUCGGGACCAGCCCUGACUGUCCGUCUUAAAGAGGUGUCUACAUUGUCAAUUUCUAACAAAAUUUGUGCCGGAAAUUCCCUCAAAAUUGGCUAUUUUUACCAAUUGUUUUUUGGCAAAGUUUGCUCCUGAAAAUUCCCGCAAAAAUCCUGUGAAAUCGGCAGAUCUUUCCACAAAUUUGUCCUGAAAAUCCGGCAACAUUUGGCUUUUCUUUCCACGACCUAUCAGAAGCCCUGGUUAAGAGACAGUUGAAUGUAUAGGUCUUUUUAACUUGAACCCUAACUUUAAUCUUUUCAGUCUCACUUCACCUGCUUCUGAUUUGCAUGGGAUCACUCCAGUUGUCUAUCUGUGAUGGGUAGGGGCUCUACCUUGUACAGAACCUAAGUCCUGCUCAUGCCCAUCCUCUCUCAGUAGUUCUGUGCUCAGUAAAGGGGGUACGAUAAAACAAGUAAACCACAUUAUUGUAUCAUAGUGAUUUUGAGUCGUUAAAUAUAUGUACCCAAAAAUAGAGGGGGAAGUUCAUCAAUGGGAAAUUGGCAUGUUUGAAUAUAUUUUACUGGUCACAAUUGAAUUCAGGUUAAAAUUUUUAAACCUAGGUUUGAUUCUCAAUUUCCUGUGUCUCUUAGCCCUAAUUCACGAAUAAUAUUAUUAGAGCUAGAAAACAAAGAAAAUUCAGAAUCGACCCAGGUUAAAAUAUUUUAACCUGAAUUUAAUUUUCACCUGUAACAUAAUUAUUUAUACAUUUUUGACUGGCAAUGUUUGAGAAUAAGAAUAUAGGCAACGAACUCUAGAAAUUCAUUAGCAUUCAUUAUUAUUGUAAAUACUAGAAAAAUGGAUGAAAGAAAAUAUUCCAAUAUAUGUAGUAUUUUCCAGCUUGUAGAUACUUGCAUCUUUUGGUGGCAAAAAAAGGCUCUUUUUACUGUUUUUUUUUCCUGUAAAUGUUUUGUAGCAGGAAAAAGCUUUUUAUGUUAUAUAGGGAUAUGCAUACUCAUGAAUAUUGUGUCCCCUUAAUAUUGUUUUCAUUGGUGCAGUUGAUACUGAGUUAAACCACACAGAAGGAGAACAAGACAAUAAGAUGGAACUCUCUUACAUUGAAAAGGUAAAUAACCAGUGAUUCAAAAGGAUAAAAAGAUAGGAAUUGAACUCGUCCUAACAUUAUAUUCAAAAUGUCAAUAACUUUUUGUUGGCAUUUUUGUCAUCAUGGAUCUGUUAUAAAACGUUUUGUUACAAAAAACACUCUUACCUGAUGUCACUUUUGUUCUUUAGUUUGUUUUGUCACUUUAACCUGUAUAUGUAACAUUAUGGCAGAUUUUCAUUUUUUAUCUUGUCACUUGAUAAUAAUGUUAUGUUGACAUCAAAAUGUUGUGUUAAAAUCUUUUCGCUCAUUUUUAUUGUUAAAUGUACCACUUUUUUAACCUCCAAAACAUGUGUCUCUAAGCUGUUUCUUACUUGAAAUUCAAAAGAUAUUUUUGUCUUUCAGUAAUAAUCUGCUCACUACUAUUUUGUAGAAUGAUCUUCUCACAGAAGCGUUUGGAAGCAGUAAAAAGAAAAGAGCCAUGGCAUCUCGACUGCGAAAUAAAAUUGACAAUACAGGGCUGGAUGACACAGUGAAUGAAGUUGUACAGGCUCUGGCAAAUGAACCAAUGGAUAAAACAGGUCUAAAUUUUGAUGUUCCGGAUUAAUACAGUUUCUAGAUGAUAAAUACAAUAAUUUUAAUCAGGCACAUGACUCAGCUUGACAAGUGUUUAAAUGAGCAUGGUCAUGCUGAAAUAUUAUCUUUUUUGCAAUAUUUAGCAAAAGGUGUCAGAAGUUUUCUUGUGCAGCAUACAUAGAUUCCUUUUUAUAGCUUUUUGUCACCCCAUGCUAGGAAAUCCUAGACUGUCUUUCUGGAUUCUAUGGAUUGGAUUCUAUGCCGUGGAUUCUGGAUCCAGGCACUGGAUUUUGGAUUCUUUGAGCUGAUUAUUACAGCUUCCAAAGGCCUGUAUUCUGGAUAAUUUCCAUAAGAAAAUUUUCUCGCGUUCUGGAUUCCGACUCCCCUUUAUACCUGGGGUGAUUUAUGUAUUUUCCUGUUGCCCCUGAUUUUAUCCAUUUUUUACUGAUUGCAGAUGGCAUGGAAGAACAGUACUCAUCCAUUCCUCCAUUUAAUGCUAGUGCGGCAACUCCUGCUGAUGUCUACAAACUAGAUGAUAGUAUCCUUUUCAAAUUUCAAAUUAUGUACAAAAUGUUUGUUAUAGUCAUAUUCUCCAUUACUCGUUUCCUAUAGAGAACAUUAGUGGCUUUGACCUGUUAAGCUGCUUUUACUGUCUGAAAUACAUGGCAAACUUAUGCUGGGAAUCCCAAGUUGUUGUGUGUAAUCAUGAAAAUUUGCCCUAGACUAUAUGGUUAGCUAUGUGGUUAGGUUAGUCCUGAUACUGUCCAUAGAAUGAUGUAACUUAGAUAACAGUGCUUUAGAGUGUGUGUGAACUUCCUCUUGAUUCAUCAACAAAAUUCUAGCACCAGAUCUUUGUUUCAUUUUAGCAAAAUGUUAAUAGCAUUUUAUGUUGAGAUCAACACAACUUUCUGUAGUAAACUUGUCAACGUUCCUUGACUUAUUGAAGUUAUAACUCCUUUGGAAUAUGAAGUUUUGCAGAAAAAAUCGCUGGAACUUAAAAAUGCAGACAGAGAUACAAUAAGCACAUGGAGAAAUCAAAGAAGGUACGAAGUACAUAUUUGCAGCUAAUGCAGCGUGGGAAAUUUUGUGUGCCAAAGAUAUAUAAUAUGAUAUUAUAUAGCAAUGAUUAUGAUAUUUACAUCAUACUAUUUACUGUAACAUCACAGCUUAACCGACAGAUGACCAAUAACAUCGCGACUUAAUCGAUCAGUCAGGUCAAUAACCAGAGUUUAAUAACAUCAACUGACGUGAUAGAUACAACUCACUUUGACUCUGAAGAUGACUACUGCACAGGUUGUCGAAAUGUCAGUCACUGUCAACAACAACAGUCCUAUUCCAAACUACGUUCACCCAGAAGAUCAUCCUCAACCUUCUUAUGAAAUGAUAUUUACUUUUGCCUUUUUAUGUUAACUUGUAGGUUCCCAGAGUAUAUUUUGCGGCACUUAGAAGUGAUGUCCAUCAAUCCUUCACAACGUCUCCACCAGUCAUGUUGCCUCUUAUAUUUAUCAUACAUGAUAACAUUAUAUGGCUUGAACUAUCAGGAUCUGAAGAAAAAAGGUGAAUGCUUUGGACCGAACAAUACACAUAGUCAUACAAUCGUGAGUUCCUUGUGAUUUGGGUCUUUAGUGGCCAGUUUACAGUCAUACCAAUAAUUUGAGACUGUUUGCGUGCGCUAUAGUAGAGACCUUUAGAUUCAAGGACAAGGAGGACCACCAGGACGAGAUUUAACUUAAAAGCUUUUUGGCAUUUUAAUUUCUAAAAAAUUUUCUUCUGAGAGGACGUGUGCUUACUGGCGAUGAAUAGUCUGUUAGCGUACUUCAGCAACCAUCAAAAGAGAUGUAGAUACUUUGUUGUGACACAUCGUGACAAGUGACAACAGCACACUUACUGAAUGUCCAGCAAAAACCAUGUGCUUGCAAAACCAAAAAAUAGCCCGCUGACUUUGGAGAGAGCAUUUGGUUUGAGUUUUCUUUUUUUCGCUGUGUGCUGUGUUUUUCCCGUAAAAUUUUUUUACUGCUUUUGGACAAAUGCAAUAUGCAUAUGUUACAACUAAUGAAUGUUUACACUAGUGACAGUUUCGUGAGAAGAAGAAGAAGAAGACAAGAAGAUAUAUUUCACUCAGCUCGGUUUACAUAUGACACAGAUUGAAAAAAUAACAAAUAAACAUUAACAUAAGUAAAGAAUUUAAAGCAACUGGAUAGUCUUUCUCGUCUUAGAAUCUAAAGGUCUCCAAUGUGUAAAACUUGGCAAAAUUCAGGUUGAGGCGAUAAGAGUGUUUGAAAGUAAGUUACGAUGUCACUGCUGACCAUUUCUGCUAAGAAUCAUUGUUACCAACAAAAAUUGAGAUUGAAAUCCCUAAAUAGCAACAGGACACCCAAGCAACCAGAGGAGACCCAAAGAUUAGUGUACUGUGCUUGCAGCCAAAAAAAGUUGACUGCAACCUCAUGAGCCUGGGUCAUUUUUUCUCAUUUUAUAGAUCCUCUGUAUGGAAUGCCUGACAUUAUACAGAAGAAACUCUUGUCCAUGUUUUCACUGCAGAAAGGAAAAUUCAGGUAGGAUUAAUAAUUAACGAGCCAGUGGAAUCUGAAUCAGAACAUGAACUCUCUCCAUUUGCAAUUUGAUGGAAAAUUGCAACUUUUGAUACUCUGUGCUGAAGCAUUUUUUUGUGAGCACAAACCUUAUUUACAUGAUGAAAUGAAUUUUUUUUAUUUACUUUUGCAGAGCAAUUCCAAAAAGACUCAAGGAUAAACUUGUGUCUUACAUAUUAGUGCUAGUAUUGAUGAUUGAUGAGUAUACGGUAGAGUGCAGUGUGAUCAUGAAAGAUCUUGGCAUGUCUGAUUCAAGGUAUGAGACCAACUUUGGGUACUGAAAGCAUGGAAAAUAAGCUUGCAUGUCAACAUGUCUUGUGUUUUGACAAUUGAACAUGCUGUUGUCCAUUAACACUAUGGAGUGUUAAUGGCGGCUCUAAGGGGAGAUCUCUCCUUCGCAGUGUGGGCCUCUUCGUGUCAUAGGGAGGCUGGGAGGAGAGGGAGAAAAGAAAGUGCGCAGGGAACAAUGGAAAGAGGAAAGCCAUAUCUCUCCUCCCACCAUCCACCGUGUGCUUACUAUUUUUUUGUUAUUCUAUUUUUAAUGAAAUACCCAGUGAGAGCCCAGGGCUGUCAUGAGGGUUGAGGUAGAGGUUUUCCCCUUCUACUAUGAAUGUGGCCCCCGGCUACUUUCAUAGGAAAAUACAAGAAAAAUAGAACUAUAAGAAACCCCCACCUGUUUGAUUUCUCGCCUACUUGUUGUAUUUACCCGGCAACUUGAAAUCUUGGUGACAGCCCUUGAGAGGCUCUUUAGAGGAGAGAGCAAGGUGAGGGAGACUUGUAAGUCAAAUUUGUAAAAAAAAUUGUGAAGCUAAUUAUAAUUGAAUUUCCAGAGGGUUUAGGGGUUCAAACCAAUAUACCCUCAAGCAGAAAGGUAAAAGGGUUUUGGCACCCACAAUGGUAUUUAUUGUCCUCAGAACCCCUGGUGGAAGCCUGCUCCCUCAGUGAGCCUCAGCAUUCCACAUACAGUUAGUCACCUGAUUUCAGGCAAAAUCCUUGAAGGGCAUGAGCAGUGAAGCUGUGAGAGAAAUGGGGCGGAAACUUGUGUGUUUGCAUCUUUGUUCCAUCCCACCAAACAAACUACCCGCUACACAGGCUUCAUGUAUCAUAUUUUUGCAUUUUGUAGACUCAGUGCACUGUUAAUAGGAAUUUCUUUUGAUUGGCAGAUUAACAGCUCACAUGAAGGCAAUUGGCUGUGUUGUAAGAUCAUCCAAAGGACAAAGGAAACGAAAACUUGACGAUGAAAAGGACAGCACUCCUUCCUCUAAAACAGCGAGUCUUGAAAUUCCUUUACCCCCUGACUUCCAAAAUAGCACAAACAGAUGA